CGAAGCUGACAUUUACAGAUAAGAAAGGUCAUUGCCUUUCAUAUCUUCAGGCAAAGCCUGUCAGGAAAUAUAUAAAGGAAAAGCUCAGCUCAGCUCUCAGCCAAGGCCCUUCCUGGCAAGAUGAAUCCUACCGGCUUCUUCCUCCUUACAGUGCUCCUGGUUCUGGUGACAGAAACAGCUUCAAGGAAAACCCGUGAAAAAUUCUCACAAGCAUUUGAAGACCACAUGGAUCUAAAGGCACUGGGGGACAGCGGAGGAUCCAGUUCUUCCCACGAUGAGUACAGCCGCAGUGAGAGCUCAUGGAACUCCUUUAAAUCGAGAAGUCCUGAACCCGCCUUCAGUGAGGAAGUCUAUGAGGAGAGGAAGCAUAAACACACUUCUGAGGGCGGCGAUCUUGGUUACAAGACCAGAGGAUCUCAAAGAGAAGACAUGAGCUCUUUCAAAAGCAGAAUGAAAACCCGGAUUGCUGGUAAAUAAUGUGUCCACUGGCAGCUGAAGACCUGGACCAAUAUGAAGGUGCCACCGAACUGAGAGAAGCCUGUGUUAUCUUCAGGAUGCAGACUCCCACAGGGUCCCAGAAACAGCCAUGGAUUUCACUUCCUUCUCACACUUUUUUUUCCUUAAGAUUCCUAAACCUGACAAUAUUCAAAUUCAACCUUUUCAAUUAAAAAAAAAGAUAUCAUUCUGCAUCAUUAUCUCCUGAAGUCUCCUGCUUUGGGGGCAUAGGGGCUGGGUGGGAUUCCUGAAAUUAACAGUUCUACAAGUAAAUAAAGUGACCUUCUGUGUCAGUACAGUGAAUCAUAUUCAAAGACACAUUUCCGACGUUCUGGAUGGAGACCCAUCAUUCAGUAGAAGUGCCACCAACCCUAAUCCCUGCCUGACCCUCUUCUCAGUGGGGCCUUAAACUGGCAACCUAGGAUAUGUCAGAGAAGACAUGUCCCAAUACACCGCUGAGAAGCCCUCAUCAGGAGCCUUCAGGUUCACCAGUCCACAGCAGCACAUCCUUAGGGUUGGUUCAAGAAUCUUGCUCAUUGAAUGGCUUCUUUUAAGAUUCAGCAUCCUCAGGGGUUGGGGAGAUGUCUCAGCACUUGGGAUCACUGACUGCUCUUCCAGAGAACCUGGGAUCAUUUCCCAGCAUCUACA